UGUUUUCCCCAGCUAAGAGGAUCGGAAAGAUUCAUCCUGUGGCUUUGCAUCAUGGAGGGUAGCAGUCAAUCCAGCAGUCAACAGCUUCUGUGGAAAGAUGUUGAGGCUGGAAAAGGGAAGAAGGCGAAGUACCAAACCUACCAGCGAAUUGCUCUGAUUCUCGCUCUGGUCUUCCUGGUUUUGGCUCUCUGUGUUUUCAGCCUGAGAUAUCUGUGGGGCCCCAGCCUGGGGAAGGUGUAUGACCACGAGUACAAAGCUGUGGUGGAUGGCGUGGAGACAGACAGUACAAUGGAGAUAGACCCAGUUCACCGCGUUGAAAUAUUUAAGAUGGGAAAUGGGAGUGAGGAGAUUCUCGAGGUCCACGACUUCAAAAAUGGAAUCACUGGGAUCCGGUUUGCUGAACAUCAGAGGUGCUACAUCAGGGCCCAAACUAAGAAACUACCCGCAGUGGCAGAGGUGGAGACUGAAGACACGGAGUUGCUGCAGGUGGAUGAGACUGGGGCCAUGGAUGUGAAGGUGGACGACUCCCAAGUGUGGGUUCCUGCUGAGGAGCCCAUCGUUAACCCGGACUUCCUCCUUGACUCCAAGAUCUGGGAGAUUUGCCAGCAGCUGCCCAUCCACUGGAUCCAUCCUUCCCCCCUGAGCGAUGCUGAGGUUGUAAAUGUGGAUACACCCGAUGCCGAGGUCACAGGUCAGCGUUUUGCCCGCGACGUCCUGGACCACCUUCCCGUAAACGACUAUAGAGAUGUUGGAAUCGAGCUGGAUAACCGUCUGGAUGAGGGCGGCUACUGCUGCCAGUACUGUCGCCGUGGUUACCGCUUCUGCCGCCGCUACCACGAGCCCCUGGGUGGCUUCAACCCCUGGCCAUACUACUACCAAGGAGGCCGGGUCAUCUGUCAAAUUGUCAUGCCGUGCAACUGGUGGAUCGCCCGCAUGCUCGGGAGGAUCUGAGGCGCUGAGCGUGCUGUCUGGUUUUGAAUCUGUUUACGUUGUAGGUGCAAAUUUUUCCUUUUGAUAAAUAUUCAAGACCACUCGUGACACCAAAGCAGUCUAUUGCAGGCAACUAUUAGGUAGCACUUCUAGUCAGUGUGAGUCAGUGUAAACAGUCUAAAUUAUGUUUGAAGCAUUUUGAUUCCUUCUUAAAAAGCAUUGGUUGUUUACAGGUGUCUAGUUUUCUCUCCUUGUUAUUUGAUCCUGUUCAAUGAACGCAUUUAGUUUGGAAACUGAGCCACCCUAAAAAACAACACACACACACAAUCUGUCCUUACCUUACCUAUUAUGUCAUACAUUCAUUUUUACUUGUAUGUGUAUACAUAUGAAAAGCUACAGCGAAUACAAUGCAACAGCAAUUAACUAUGUACUGUAUGUAACCAUCUGUGUGGUGCUAUCACAUUAAAUGUGUAACAAGACAUACACUUUAUUAGGAAAAUCAUCUAGUGUAAUUUAAAGCAACAGCAUGUUCCAUUAUUGCAUUAUUAUGUUUUCGCAGUUUUUGUUGACAUCUGUUGUACUUUAUGCUUAUUAUUGCCGUCCUGUCUGGUAUUGUUGGUAUGCUGGACUGCGUGACAUUGAAAAGUGUUCUUAUUAAAGUGGCAAAAUUGUUAUUAAAUCACCACGUACCUCCAAAUAGUGUAACCAAAUGGGAGCUUGUGAGCCAUUAAUGCUUAGAGGUAAUUUUUCCAAUUUACAAAUUUGAUCUUUUUGUGCAGUUUUCCCAACACACUUAUUAAUAUAAUAAGCAUGGAUUGAAGCUAAACUUGUGUUUUCCCUUUUUCUUUGGCAAUAACGAUUAAAAGAAUGUUAACUGUU